UUAAUCUUUGCUCUUUCCUGACAGCUUGUUUUUAUUAUUUUUAAAUUUUUAUUUGAGGGCACUGGCACUUACAUUUAUGUACUUUAAAGAACGGCUAGAAUUGCAUUGAAGUCACUCUUAUCAUUGCAUUUAAUAAUCUAUCUGUUCCUAAACGCCUUUAACAGGAGGUCAAGUGUUAUAAAUUAAUAAUAAACAUCGCAUUUUCUUAGAAAUAGAAAACACAUUUGUUAUCCGAUCAUGGCUCUUUCCAAACCAAUGUACACAAUCCUUGGUGCGUACUUAGAACAACUCUUCAACCACCCAGUUCGCACAAAAUCCAUUACUAGUGCUGUAUUGGCAACAUCAGCCAACUACACUUCCCAGAAAAUCGCUGGUAAUAGAACAAUCAGUCAGAAGGCAUUGCUGGCUUAUGGAUCCUUUGGACUUUUAUUUGGAGGCACUGUGCCACACUUUUUCUAUAAGCUUAUUGAUAAGAUAUUCCCCCAUAAGAUGCCCAUGAGAAAGAUUCUAGUUUUUAUGGCAGAGAGACUUAUAUUUACACCCUUCUAUCAAGCGCUUUCGUUGUAUUUUCUUUCGAGAUUUGAGGGUAACACUCACGAGCAUGCUGUUCAGAACUUUAAAAGACUUUAUGAAAACCUUCUUCAAAAGAAUUGGAUGUUCUUAUCGAUUCCGGUCUUCCUUAACAUGAACUACGUGCCUCCUAUGGUUCGCACACUUACGUUCAACAUGAUAUCGUUUAUUUGGGUUAUUUAUUUGGCUGGGGUACGUAGACGAGCUGAAGCAAAAAAAUCUGAUGAAUCAUCUACUUCCAAAGGAACAAGCAAUAUUUCAAAAUAAUUUAUUAAUAAAAUUUAUAGCAUUUUGGAAAUUUGUUUAAGAAAUAUUUUGAUAAAACAAAGAUAAUAAGGUUUUGUAAUGAAUGAAGGGUAGUUUGUAGGAAUAUUAUCUUGGCACGUUGGUUCUUUAAAUAUUUAAGUAUACAUAGUUUUAAGCUUAACAAGUUGGUGAUAUGGUUUAUAAACGUUUUUUUUUUUUGCAUUCCACUUGAUAUCACUCUAAUUUAUAAGUUUCAUUAUUUCGAAAAUAAUAUGAAAAUAUACUUUAUUUUAAUAAUGCAA